CAUGAACCCAAAUAUGAUCAAUUUACACAUUUCGUUUUAACCGCUCAAUCCAUUCUCAAACUUCAAGUAAAUGAAGUUGAGCUCUCACUUCAUAAUCGUGGUCUUACGUUCUUUGAAAACUCGAAUCACGAUUUCAUACUCAAAUCGAAGAAACUUUCGCCUUUUUAUCUACACUUAAGAAAUUCAUUUCUCAUAUCGUCUUCUUUGUGAUCCAUAGGUUUUUAAAUUACUCAAAAUCCCAUCUUUACUCUCUUUUUUCAAUUCUCAUACCCAUCAUUACAUUAUCAUCCCAAUCUCAUGGCCUGGCUUAAAAGAAACCGUGCUCCAGUCUUCGACCUCGCCGCUCAUAAGGUCUUCAGUCCCCACUCUGCCAAACAAGUAUCUCCGCUAUGUCUAGGCGCGAUGUCAAGUGGAUCCAUUUAUGGUACUGGCGAUAUGGUGAAGAUGGAGAAACAAUCAGCUUUUGCGUUAUUAGACGAAUUCGUUCGGCUGGGUGGAAACUUUAUAGAUGCUGCAGAUACGUAUCAACAGGAUGAGAGUGAGCUAUGGAUCGGUGAAUGGAUGAAGGCGCGCAAAAAUCGGGAAAAGGUCGUUAUUACCGUGAAGUAUACAGCCGGUUACAAGGGUGAUCGGCCCUCGGGCGCUUUUCAAGUUGAUCAUGGUAAAACUGCGACAAAACCUCUUGAUGUGUCAAUUAGCGAUUCUUUAGAAAAGCUUGGAACGGAUCAUAUCGAUAUCCUUUAUUUGCAUUGGUGGGAUUGGACUGGAGUAAUUGAAGAGAUGAUGGAAGCACUAGAUUUGUUGGUGAAGAAGGGCAAGGUGCGCGCUUUGGGCGUGUCAGAGACUCCACCUUGGAUCGUGUACAAGGCAAAUCAUUACGCACGCAAUGUUGGAAUUACUCCGUUCUCAGUGUAUCAAGGCGCGUGGAAUACCAGCAAUUUUGAUCGUGAAAUUCUACCACUCUGCGUAUUACAAGGAAUGGCUUUCUGUCCAUGGGGAACGGUCGAUGACGGUCGGAUCCAGUUCAACACAGAUGUAGUAAAGCGACUGGACACAGCUGAAAAGUCACAAUCAAGUCAAAGUGAUAGCCAUAAUUCAUCAGGACCUGGUCUAAAAGACUCACCAAGUCUAUUGAAGAUCUGUAAGGAAUUAGGAGCAGUAAGUGCGAAAGCAGUUGCCUUGAUCUAUAUAAUUCAGAAAAAUUCAUGUAUUAUUCCUAUCAUUUGUCCAAGUCAGAUCGGUGACUUACAUUCGAACAUUAAAGCUUUAUCACUUCGACUUACUCCACACCAGAUAAAAGAUUUAGAAAAGUUAAUCCAACUCGGAUUUCCUUAUUCUCUUUUAAAAUGAUUUACUUUUUGAUCCUUGCACGUGAUAUUGAUUUAUAACUUUAUUUUUGCUCAAACGUUUUUUUUCCUUCGACAUCUUUUUACAUACAAAGUCAUCAAAAAAUGAUUUGCAAAGAAAUGCAAGUUACAUUUUGAUUGGUUCAAAAUUUGUAAUAUUACAUGUUUUUGCUCUUACUCUUUUGAUCUUCAAACCCUGUCUUUACUGUUAGCUUUCAUUUUUUAUUUUCCACUCAUUUUUUAUAUAUUUAUAGGUGUUUUGUUGUUCAUCUUAUUUUAAAUUAUUAGUAGUAUUACAAGUAUGAUCAAAUCACAAAUUGAUCCUUGAAUACAACUUUGGAAUGGAUAGUAUCGACAAUUGUGUUUCCAGGAUAUAACAUCAAUCACCUAGAUAAAGUAGGUAUUUCCAAUCCUUACAUUCU